AUGUCAACACAUGUAAUCACUUCCCCUCGUUUGGAUAAAUCACCUGGAUUUCAGAUUUUCAAGUCCCCAGCCCUUAGAUCGCUCUCAUCUGCAAACUUGCUCCAUUUUAUCGACCAUCCAAAUGAUACUGUUAAUGAUGAAUUAGACGAACACAACAUUUUGAGCGAUGUACGUGAAAUCAUCAUAGUUGAGGAAACAAGUGUGUGGAUUACAGGUUUGAUCUAUUUGGUUGGGACUGUUGCAUUUUGGAUACUGUCUGUUCAAUUGAUGAACGGCGUCAUGAAGAAAACAGAUUAUCAUCAUCCCCUGUUGGCUGCUUAUCUGAAUGGUAGUUGCUUCUUAUUCCUCGGCAUCAGACCUUUGUAUAGUGAAUUUCUCGCAUAUGGGAGAGACAUGAACCUAUUGAACGAUCACAACCGCCAUGAAAACUAUUCAUCAAUGGAUGCUGCGGAGGAAUCAAUGUCACUUCCGGAGGUAAGGUUAUCCAAAUCUGAGAUUGGGAAAGUAGCAUUUACAGCAUCGCUAUUUUAUUUCUUAACCUGCUAUUUUGGAUCGGCCGCUUUGAAUUACACUUCUGCAUCAAACCAGACUAUUUUAGCAACUUCCUCGUCAGUUUUCUCACUUAUACUAGGUGUUUUAUGCAAUAUCGAAAGGUUCACCUUGGGGAAGCUAGCAUCUGUUUGCCUUUCCAUGCUAGGGAUCAUCUUGAUAACUUCCAAUAAAGCCUCCAGUAUAAGCGUAGUCACAUUAGCAUCCAAAUUCAGUACGGAACUCAUUGGGAACUUACUGGCUAUAACUGGAGCUUUUGCCUAUUCAGCAUUCAUGACAUUACUAAAGAUGAAACUGGGCAAACAGACAGAUUCGGAUUCAGAUUCUUUAUUGUACGGAUUACUAGGUCUUUCCACACUACUUUGUGGGAUACCAAUUUUACUUUUUUAUCAUGUAUUGGGAUGGGAAGUCCUGGAAAUGCCCCAAAAGUUUUACAUUUUUGGUAUGCUAUUAACAUCGUCAUUUUUCAAUGCGUUAUCUGAUUAUUUUGCCUCUUGCGCAUCUUUGAUCACAUCACCUUUAUCUGUUUCAUUGUCAUUAUGUGCUGCAAUACCAAUAACAAUGUUUAUUGAUUCUUACUGCAAUGAUGGAUUGAACCUUUCAAUACAAUAUUUAGUUGGGGUGUUGUUUAUUUUUUCUGCUUUUAUUUUCACAAACAUUACAGAAGAAAAAGAGACUGUACAAAGUGCAAUUGACAAUGCGGUCGAGGAAGCAAUCAAUCAUGAUGAAUCAUUGUCUGUGUAUUUGUCUCCACGCUUAAAAUCAACUAAUUCGGCCCCUACAAGUAUCACUGACCUAUCAAUUUCCCAUACACUUGACAGUAGCACCGACGAUGUUGUCCCUAAGUUGAUAGUUACUGGUGGUCAGAACCACAAAUAUUUUUUUAGAGAAAUUAACAAUCGCUAA